UCUCAGCAACCUUUUCGGUUAAACGCUUCGUGAAUCGGUUGCGGGUUUGUUGACAACGCCGACUCCCAUCUCGCACACACACAUCUAUAGUGCGUGUUUACGUAUCCGAGCGGUUUGUUAUUGUUUCAAGAGAAAAGGCGCCGAAAAGAUUCGCGAAUAGAAGUUUCCACGAUUUUCUCCACUAAACUGUUUGGUGUAGGAUGUUCCUGAUAGUGGAAAUAGUUAAUGAUAAAGGCGAAAAGGACUGGAAGGUAGCACCCAAGCGAUGGGUGUGCACGUCGAAGAACACCCAGCGACCAGUUCUGUUUUGGCCUGAUGAAUUCAGCGCCGAGAGACAAAAUCAGCUCGCAAUAGAAGGAACAUGUAAGCCACUGCAAAGCUGGAUGCGGAGAGAAUGCGUUGUAAAGCAGGAGUUUCCAACUUACGAAGCGGCAAACACCGAACUCCAGGCACUGUUAUCACAAAAUAGCAAUCAGAUAAAGGAAGAACUAGAAGAUCCGUUGAAUGUAGAGGAUCCUACCUUUGAAUCACCUGAAUCACCAUGUGCCCCGGGGUCGGAUGAGGAUGUUUCAACGCUAGCAAGUAUCAAAUCAAUGCUGCAAUCGUUGAUAACAAAAAGUGCUCAGAUUGAGAAGCAAAAUGCUAAUAUUUUGGAGCAAAAUUCUCGUAUCACGAAUGAAAUGUCGGCCUUAGAGCAACGGAUUAAAACGAUGGAGCAAACUGUGAAGGAAAUGGCAUCGUAUAAGUUCGAUCCUAUGCAAACCGUUGAUCAGCUGACGGAGCUUGAUAAAAAGUUGAACGAUGAAUCAUUUAAUGUGGCGUUGGUUCAGUGGUUGCUUUUGAAAAUAAACAACGAUGGUGCAGAAUCAAGAAUGAAAAGCUGUGUUAAUUUGUUAUGUUCUUCAGAGUUGCAGUCACAAGUAAAAUGGAGUAACAUCGUUGGAUUAAAGAAUUUUUUGAAUGUCUUUAAAAUAGUUGGAAAAACACCUUUAGAACAUGUAACGCUGAAUUCGGUGGAUAAUUUUAUAAGAAAGCAUCUUGCAUUUUGUAAACGACGAGCUGUUGCUAGUUCAAAUCCAACAUGUGAUCAGGCCGCGGUAAGUGAUGUGGCUAUCCAGCAAGUAGAUUCAUCAUUUUCUGUAAAUGAAAACUCGGAGUACAUUGAAGUGAAUAGACGAUUGGAAGAAGCAGAGAUAACAAUGUAUGAAACGGAUGUCAUAAUGUCAUUAUCUGAUUUGAACAAUGAGUUUAAAAAAUAAAAAAACACUUUUUGGUGUAACUAGCCUAAAUCUGCAGAAGAGAUGUGCCUGAAAAUUCGUUUCUUAUUUUAUUUGAUUUUGAUUUUUGGACUAGUAUAUACUAAUGGCUGCGCGACAUCUUAGCUUAGUGAAUUUCGUCUGUGAGGUCAAGGGGCUACAGUUGCUUUUUAAUUUGAUAUUUUUGGUUUUCUACGAUUCACGAAUAUAGAAAUUAUGAGUUAAUUAAAUGUUCAAUAAUUGAAUAUGUAUACAACUACUAGUUAGCAAAGCAUGCACUUGUUCGUUGUACAACUUUCCUUUUGUAAACUGUUCCGAUGAAAAAGAGUACCAAUCGGCAAUUUCACAUGUUAUCAAUAGUUGUGCAUCGCUUGGAAAAUUGAAUGAAAUACAUUGAUAAUGAUUUUGCAACAA